CACAAUUCCCCGCGGCCCCCGGGCCCGUUAUUUGCAUACGACGCUCCACGUCGCGGCCCGGUUCGGCCCACGACAGAGGUUUCCCGGCGCGAAAAGGAACAACGACCGUGCGCAGUGGUGAGGAAAAUACAGGCCAUCUGGAAACCACGUCAGACAGCGUGGGGCGGCCUCGCCCUGAUCUGUAGAGCUAGUGCGGAGCAGUGUGGGAGCGGCGAGGAGCGCUACCUGUCAUGCCUUAAACUUAUGAGUAAGGAAAAUAACGACCCGGGGUGACGCCCGGGUCCUCACUUCGAAUGUGAGAGGAAUUUUUGUGCGGGUACAGGUCGCCCCUGGGUGCCCCGCUUACUUCGCGGGAUGCCCGGGUGCCGUGAUCUGCCCGGCCCUCCGUGCCGCGAGUGCCAAGGACAGAGCUGCCGCGACCGGCCUGCCCCGAGCGGGCGGGAAGGGGCAGCGCCUGCGUUACCGGCGGUCGGGAGAUCGGAUGUACCUUGAGCUGCGAUUCUGCUUGUGCGCUGGCGUGCCCUAAGGGUCUUCACGAGGCUUGGAAUAAAUCACCAAACCUGCCUCGUAAGCAUUUCGUGUGUAUGCAGAAAGUAAUUCCUUCUUUAUUCUGAGGGAGCAACGACACCGUUUAAAAUGGAGCUAAGAGCGAAAGGGGCGUGGUGCCUUGUGCAGCGGUGAGCUCCUGGGCUCCUGCUCGGGGUCUCCCUGCGGGCCGUGGUGCUGUUGGGCCUCCCUCAGAACGCCCUUUUGCAGCACAUCACACCCACAGCGUCUCCAAGACGCGGUUUUGCUCCCGCCCGAAGCUCUUGUCACCUGUGACCCCUUCGCAGCCCCGCUGUUCCCUCCCUUCCUGCCGUCUCUCCAGCACGGCAUCCUGAGCUGCAGUAAUCCUGAGGCUUUGUGCCUGCUGCACCACCCACAGCGCUGCUGUGCAGCUGCGUUCCGUGUGAGACCCGAGGGGAAGCGCCCGGGGGCCGUCUAGCCAGCAUCCAUUUUCCAACCUGCAGGGACCCCUAUGGAGGUCACUUCCACCAACCUUAGCGCUAUUUGUGCAGCCAUGAUACCUUCAGGCCGUACCUCUACUCUUUGCCUCGUGGUGAACCAGAUCCUCCUGUUUGUUUUGCUUCCAUCAGCCUAGUUCUUGCAUCUGAAGCUGAAGAGUACGCGUGUAGCUGCCACCCACCCUCUCUUCUACCUGUGAUCCCUGAAGUCAUCUUCUGUCCAGGAGAAGAAUUCCAGGCCUCCUCAGACAUUCCUUCAGUGUACCUGAGCUGUGGAUGAGAAGUCAAAUAUUUGUUCUGGGAAGAACUUGGGCCUCCGCUUCCCUCCUUGUGUCUGAGAGAGGAGGAAAGGUGUUAGCAGCAGCAAAGAGAUCUCCCUGAGUAUAGGGGUCUCUACAAAGGCACAUUCCUUAAGCGUGUCUCCUCCAUCUACCGAGACCCCAUGACAUGGAAGUCAGAACAGAGGAGACCAUUUCCCCAUCUCACACCAAUUUCCUGUUAAAAUAUUACUUAGGAAAUUAUGCAAAGGACAUCAGGACAUCAUAUUACCCUUGGGAUGGUGUGGUAUGGCAUCUGAUUUAUAAUACUGCCUCACCCUCAAACAUCAAGAACUGGGAAAAGAAGUUGUGUUGGAUUAUGGGCUAGAUGUUGAACUUUACACCAGGAGAUGUGAGAGUCUGUCAAUAGGAAAUUUCAUGCACAGAGGCAUUGCACAGUGGCAAUCAGUGGAUCUUUGUUGCUAAUGGGGGAAGUGCCUGGUUUGUAGUGAGAGGUUAAAAAUCUUCUGAUUUUAGCAGUUUGUUCACUGUUUCAGAACUACUGCACCCUAGAUGUUUUUGCCUUCUGAAGACUUUAAAUCAGCCUUUGAAAUAUAAGGCCUUGCAACUUGAAUAUUUUCGUCUAGCAAAAAUGAUGGACAGAAAAGUUAAAGACACACAUGUGGAGAUGCAGAAGAGAUGAGCUUCAGAGAUAAAACUGAUGCACAGCAUAGGACCAGACAGACUCAGGGAGCUAGAAAAAAAAUUAGGCUAAAAAUUUUCUAAGCAGGUAAUAAAUAGAGCAUGGCAGUUUGCCAUAUGUGUAGUAUCAUACCUGUAUAAUCACAAUCAUUUGGCUCAGGGUCAUGCUGAAACUUCUACGUUGCCUGUACUGGACAACUUCCCUGUUGUUUACCUUCUACAGCCUGGAAAAAUGAAAUAUUAAUGCACUGCUCAUCUGAGUCUGCAAUGUUUUAAGAGACAGUGAGACCUUUGCUUUGGCACCUGACCUGCAACUACAGGGCUAGUCCUCCUCCUCAUGUGGUUGGUUUCUUUCCUGAUUAAAAGUGAUUAGGUAGCUCUAAAACCUGCAGAAAUGUGACUGAGGGGAACAGAGACAAAGAGACCCUUCAAGAUCUCUUAAAUCCCCAGGGCAGUAUUUAGAGAGCCCUGAGGAGAGAACUGGAGCAGAAAGACCUGCCAGGACCUUCCUGUCCUUCUCCCUCCUGCUGCACCGUCUGUUGCCAACAUCUCCUGCACCAUGUCGCUCUCUGAAGCAGAGGUGCAAAGUGCCCGUGGUGCCUGGGAGAAGAUAUUUGUGGAUGCUGAAGACAAUGGGACAGCUGUGCUGGUCAGGAUGUUUACCGAGCACCCAGACACCAAGUCCUACUUCACACAUUUCAAAGGCAUGGACUCUGCCGAAGAGAUGAAACAGUCAGAUCAAGUCAGGGGCCAUGGCAAGAAGGUUUUCAGUGCCAUCAAUGACAUGGUGCAACACCUGGACAACUCUGAGGCUUUUCUUGGGAUAGUGACCCCACUUGGCAAGAAGCAUGCCACCCAGCUGAAGAUUGACCCCAAAAACUUUAGGAUUAUCUGUGACAUUAUCUUACAAUUGAUGGAGGAGAAAUUUGGCGGGGACUGCAAAGCUUCCUUUGAGAAGGUGACCAAUGAAAUCUGUACCCACCUGAACAAUAUCUACAAAGAGGAGGGCUGGUGAGGAUGUGCACCCUCCAGACUCUUCAAACAACUUGCCAGCACUGAUUUGAUGCUUUUGAGCCCCCAGCCACCGCUGGAAAAAUUUAAAUUUAAAAAUAAAAAAGGCAAGAAAAAAGGCUUAUACAAUAUAGAUAUCAAUGUCAAUAAUUUCCUUAGCAAACUGAGUUUCUACAGCUAAACAAAACCCACAGAUACAUCAAAGUCAACCAACAAAUCCUGAUGUGCUUUGCAGUUUCAGGUGGAUUCCUCUGGCUACUGUCCUUGAAGACUACAUUUUAAGAUUUUGACUUUAAGCUUUCUAUUCCUAAAAGAAAGACUUGCUCCUUUCAGCAGCACCAGCAGUUCAUUGGCUCACCUACCACCUCUCCAUCCUUAUGAAUGAUGGGAAGGACACCAUUUUGAAUCAUCUCCAGAAUCUUGGUAGAAGUCAUUAUUUAAGAGCCAUGAGUAUUGCUUUUUGUUUGAACUUAAACAAGGGGGAAGUAGCAUAUGGGAAUGACCAACAUCUGGAGAGACAUGAGGAAAGUCCUAUCUUGCAUGAGCCAGGAGAGUCACCCAACCUUGGUUUCUGAGAGCAGCUUUCAGCACAAAGGAUGACAACACUGAGUGUGGUCAGCACUGGACCCCUCUGGGCAGGGAUGAAUGUCUCCAGGGUGUGGAUUGCACCAUGUCACUCCUAGAAAAUUACUUGGGUUGCAUUCCCACAAGAAGCAAGAGCGGAGCUCACUGGCUCUUGUGCACUCAAAAUGCACCCAGCUAAUGGAGACCACUGCCUCACUGCAUGGGGAACACAGUCUGGCAUGGGACUUGUCCUGUCCAGUCACACAGUCUGAGCCUCCCUUCAGAGCUGUCUGGGUCCUGAACUAUUUAAUUGCUUUU